AUGUCUUCAGCUGUGUGGAUAGUGAUAUUCAUUUAUAAAGAACAUGAUCCUGAUUAUUGUCAUAAUCCACCAGGUAAUAUAUUUCAUUUGAGAUUCAAUUCAGAAAUGUUGGUCCGUUGUGGAACGGAAAAUAUUUUACGAGAAUGGUAUUCGAUCGAUACGAAUCAAAUCGAGAUCAAGGAUGUAGCCACUUGGAGUUUAGAGAAAGGAAUUAAUAAAAUGGUACCAGAUUAUCUUUACGAAAGAAGAUACAAUUUACAGGGUUCAAUUAUGAAAGCUGUUAUAAUUAAGACAUCACUAUUCUCAAAUAUAAAUAAGGAUGGCGAAUUAGACGGUUUAUUCGGUAGAAUAUUAAGAGAACUUUCUGUUAGUCUCAAUUUUAGUUUUAACAUUGUCUCGGAAAUGGAAGAGCAUGGAAGAUGGAAUGCAAAAGAAAAAACUUGGUCCGGUGGAAUUGGAGAAUUAUAUGCUGGACGUGCUGACAUUGUAUUUGCAGCGUUUUCUAUUAACGAUGAUAGAUUAAAUGCCGUUGAUUUCACGCUUCCUAUUUUCGUUUCUAAAAACUGUUUCUUUAUUCGAGAACCAGAAAAUUUAGCGAUUAAAUGGUCGUCUUAUUUCUUAACUUUCACUCAUUCUGUUUGGAUUGCUAUGUUUGGAUUAUUAAUUGGUGCAUCGGUCUUCUUGAUCAUUCUCAAAAUGAAAAGAGGAACCGAUCGUAAAAGAGUAUAUUUAUUCACCGAUAAUUUUUUAGAGAUUUGGGGUAUAUUUUGCCAACAGGGCCUUGAUGAUUUUUCUCAUAGAUCUUCGUUACGAAUAGCAUAUUUCUCUAUAUUUCUUUGGGUUACCGUCUUAUGGGCCGUAUAUUCAGCUGCUUUGAUAAGCUUUUUAACGUCCGUUAUUCAUGUCUUACCAUUUGAUUCAUUAGAGAGCUUCGUUGCAGACGGUACUUAUCAACUUGCAGUUGUUCGUGGUUCUGCUUAUUAUGAUAAGUUUGUAAAUUCGAAAGAUCCGCUUGCAAAGAAGGUAAUGAAGUUAAUGCUAGAAGAGGAUAAGUUGCCCCGUACUGAAAUAGAAGGAUUUAAGAGAAUCUGUAAAAAUCGAAAAUUAGCAAUGUACGCGUAUGACGAAAUAGAAAAAAGAGUAAGUUGUAAAAUUCUGUGCAAAUUGGUUCGUAUUGACGCUGGACAUGUAAGCAGUUUUGCUCUAAUUUUAUCUAAGGGCAAUCCGUUUACUGAUGUCAUCAAUUUUCAGUUGCAGAAGUUUAUUGAUAAUGGUAUGAUCAGUCGCUUAAAAGAUAUGUCAUUUGAAAGAAAAUACAAUGAUAUGAUCCCGCAUCAACCAAUUUCUCUAAUCAGUAAAAAUACAAUGUUAAUAGUUAGAGCUCCAGCAAAAUCGACAUUAUAUCAAAUUGAUCCUCGAACUAAUAAAGUUUAA